UGAAUUUUGAGUCUGCUUUUUAUAGUUUUCACGCUACGCUUCAGCUGGUUUAUGUAGUUUAGACAUUCCAACCACCACUGGGAGGCAGCUUUGACGUUAGCAGAUGAAUUAUCUAUGGAGAUUAGCAGCAUUGAUUCAAAGAAGUUCCGAAUAGGGGAUCUUAAGAAAAAAUUUGGGUCUUGGCUACCGAAAGAGUAUAGAGUCUUAAAAGAAAAAGAAGCUGAUAGUGUUGCUAAGUCUGAGCUUCAAAAACUUGUAGCUGACUCUUCUAUCUUUGAACAACUUGAGAAGGAUUGCAGUUUAGACAAUUUAUUUUUUGAUGGUGAAUACACAACCUUAGAAGAAAUUUUGAAAAUCAUACCGGCAAAAAAGAAAGAUGAAAAACAACUCAAGACUCUGAUCCACUUGCAGAAAGAAACUGAAGGUCUCAAUUCUAGAACUUCACUUCUUACAGCCACACAAAGAAUUCCGCGGCCUUUUGUUGACAUGUCAUAUCGAAAUUCUAUAGAUGAAUCUUCAGAAGCUACAGAAGUUAACGAAGAUAUAUUUGUCACAGUCCUAGUCUAUAGACCGUUUUGUUUUUCCAGCAUGGAUCCAUGUACACAGUUUCGACAAAUGGUCAUUACCCAAAGGUUGGUAUUACUGUCCAAACAGAGUCUUACAGUUCUGCGAGAUGCUAUUCAGUGUCCACAAGAUAAGGUUUGGCUAGGCGACUGUAGUGAAGCUCUUGACGAUCCAGAGUUGCAUGUGCCUGCAGAGAAACUAUACACUUCAUCAUACUUUUUCAUUGAAGGGACAUUUUAUGAUGACCUACGAAAUCCAAACAGUAAAAGUCUUAGCCAAGAGCUUAUGAAGUGGGCUAAAGGUAAGAAAGAGCUCGAGGUACAUGAGUCUCUCAAAUCAUCACCAAUGGAGUCCGUAAACCUUGAAGAUCUAUGUAUUUGUGUUGGAAAACCAUACUUCUUCGUGCAUCAAGGGAAUUGUGAACAUAUGAUUAUUUUUUCUGAUGUACGCCUAAUUGAUCGAGAUUCAUGUCAGUCUGAGUCUGCAUUCCCAAUGCUAACUGGUCGAUGUAAUCUGCGCGUGCUACACUGUUUCGUUUGCAAACGUUUGGCAUGUCGUUGGAUAGUUGCAGAAUGUGGAACUAUUUUAUCUGUAGAUCCCUGUCCUAUAUGCGAUGUAUGCAUCCGACUACUGCUUUACACUGCGGACGGAAAAAAGAUUCAUCCAGGUUUCAAAGUUUUCAUGUACUGUGGAGAAGAGAUUGUCAUGUGAAACUCAGUGUAAAUAAAUACUCUUUGAAAAAAUUGCGCUUUUGAAUGAGACUAUCGAAUUAGUUAAUUACAUAUUUUAAAACACGUUUUUUCUGUAGAAAAAGUUUCACAAUUCAUAGUCAACCAAUUCCCGUUUCUUUCAGAUAUUAUAAAUUUUAUGGGCUUUCCCCAGGAUGACAAAAGUAAUAUGCCGACAAACAACGCAAUUUCAUCAAUAGGUGACUCCAAUGCAGAUCAAGUUGCAGCUACUACUUUUGGUGUUCUAGCCGAAAUAUCCAGCAUCCUAAACACAGGUAAACGUAAAUUUGGUUUCUCAACGACAUAUUCAUAACGUAACUAGUAGGAUUGACUGCAGUGAAAAAGUUUUCAAUGAAUCACUAGUAUAAUUUCUAGUUUAUCCAUCCAAAUCAACAUAGGAUCAGGCAUUACUGCGUAACGGUCCGAGUUGCCACAGCUCAUAUCAGUACAUCAAGUAAAAGGCAGUGAAGGUGAAGAAAAGAAAAUUCAAUCACAAGAAAUAAAGAGUACUAAAAGACAGAAAUGAAGAAUGAGAAUAUGGUGAAAUUUGGUAUAAUGUUAAGAUGAGGACGAUAUGUGUAUACAUCUGCGCCACUGACAUCAUUUCUGAGCCAUAGUCUAUAACUUCGCAUGAUGAACAUCACUUCCAAAUGCAAGAGUAAAUGGCGUGGCAAGUAGGAAACGCGGAAUAACGGACUGCGUAGGAUUAGAAUGAAUGCAACGAAAGCAUGUCUUUCGUAUCCUAAACAACGGGUAACAUAAAUUACUAUGGUUACACCGAUGCUCGGAUAAAACCAUGUACUUAACUCUAUUGACGCUCUUAUGGCAUACAAAGUUGUUUUAAAGAUAUUAUUAAUCAAAAACGUGGUCUUGUUAUCAUCACAAAUAAGGAAAAUAAUUUGUCGGCACACAGAGAGAGCAAGCUGCGAGAUACCAGAGUAAUAAGAAUUGAUUCGAUAGGAUCACUAAUCGCAUCGGAUAAAACUCAGACAGCUAAACACUACACUAAUCAAACAUGAGUGCAUAGGAUACAUUUGCUGAGCUGAACGUGGUGAUGGUAGGUGCUCAGCUAUCAAAGUUUAACAGCAGACGCGGGAUAUCCACGAGGCUGUGUAAGCUGAAACGGCGAUCUAAAAGGCAUCUGUACCCCCUGGGAUCCUGCAGAAACUUCGUAAAACAAAACCACGCUACCAUAAUUAUUGACCAUAUUUUUUUUCGUAAAAAACCACCUUUACAUAAACUGAUUUUGCUUAUAAUCCAUACAGAAAAUUUAAUCUCCAUUCUAGGUUUGGAUAAUGAAGAAUUAUUGAUGUGCAUCAAGCUUAUUGAGAAUGGUGUGAACCCAACCACUUUGGCUUUACUUGUAAACAAUGUGAAACAACAAUGUGAACAUAUUUCAGAGCUUAAAAGAUAAAUACGAUUUCAUUUUGUAUAAAGCAUAUUCAAAAAGCUCAUUUAAAUAAACAUUGCUAAUUGUUUC